AUGACCCAACGGUUGGAAGCGGAAGGGAACAAAUAUCCAGAAAGCCAAGAUGAGUGGGAUGACGGAUCCGGUCAUGAUGAUGUAACAAAAAUAUUUGUACGAGGUUGCUCUCAAGGCAUACAAUACAUCCAGUUCAGCUAUAUCAAGGAUGGACAACCGAUAUAUGGAUCAGUCCAUGGUUUUCCAGAACAAGGUUUCACUCAAACGUAUGAGAUUAACCAUCUAAGAGGUGAACAUCUAGAAUCAGUUGAGGGUUACUACGAAUCCAGGUCAAAUGUGAUUCAAGGAAUUCAAUUCAAAACAAACCUGAGGAUUUCUGAACUGAUAGGAUUUGAGAAACAUGGGACUAAGUUUUCACUAUCUGUGGACGGAAAGAAGAUCAUUGGGUUUCACGGAUCUGCUAAGACAGAACUCAACUAUCUUGGAGCAUACUUCACAUGGAUCACUCCUACUAGACUGGAAGCACAAGGUAGAAAAGGAGGCGAGGAGUGGAACGAUGGAUCCGACCAUGACGGUGUAACAAAAAUCCAUGUACGAGGUUGUUAUGAUAUUAUACAAUACGUCAAGUUUGAUUAUGUCAAGGAUGGACAAGAUAUAUAUGGGUCUGUCCAUGGUGCCUCGAGUAGAGCUGGUUACACGCAGACGGUAUGUAUAUAUGACUUCGUCCUUGAGAGCAAAGGUUGUGCUAUUGUUGGCUUCCAUGGACGGUCUGCUGAUGUUAUUAGGGCUCUUGGAGCAUAUUGUCGUCCGCUGCCUCCUCUUCCUGAGGCUGAGAAACUACAAGCACAUGGUGGUGAUGGAGGAGCUUCUUGGGACGAUGGCGGUUUCGAUGGGAUUAGAAAUAUAUACAUAGGACAGAGCGAGAUGGGUAUUUCAUUCCUCAAGUUUCUAUACCACAAGGAUGAUCAAGCGGUGGUCGGAGAUGAUCAUGGGAGCAAAACCUUAACUGGAGAUGAUGAUGAUGAUGAUGAUGAUGAUGAUGUGCUUAUUUCAGUUUUGCAGUUUGAGUUGGAGUCUCCGUGUGAAUACCUGAUAUCGGUCGAGGGUAAAUAUGAUGUGGUAGAUGGAAGUGAAUCCGGAAUUAUACGCAUGCUUAGGUUCAAGACCAAUAUGAGAACCUCUCAAGUCUUUGGACUCGAGACAACAUCAAACUUCACACUCGAGAAGGAAUGUCACAAGAUUGUCGGGUUUCAUGGAAAAGUAAGUAACAUGCUUACUCAAAUCGGGGUUCAUGUCCUGCCCCUUUCUGAACAAAGCUCGAUCCAAACAUUAUCGAGCUAG